CCGAUUUCCGAUUCAUUCAAAAUUUGGCUCGAAAUUCAAAUUCAGAUCAAAAUUCAGCUGCGAAUAUUGCACUCGGCCAAGAAAACGUGCAUAGAAAGCAGGCUCAACUGCAUUUUGUGGUUCGUUCGUGUGUGUCGGCCGACUCGCUUUGCGUCGAAAAGAAAGUUUUCGCUAAAUAUACUACAAACAACAAACAAAAUAAAAGAAAAGAAAACAAAACAGCCCGCAGUUUGUUUUAUUUUGCUUUGCAAUUUCUUCGCCCGCCGCCCAGACACAGUUUUCCGAAAUGGUAGUGCCCGCGAAUGCCGAGUGGGAAAUCUAAAUCAGCCGUUUAUCUGCGAGAUACUCUCGCAUCUUUACCUUUCCUUGGCAACAGCCAGCGGUCAUUGCAGUUCAGGCUAAAAAAACUAAAAACUGAGAAACUGAAAAACUGAAAAAAGCAAAUCAAAAAACCGAAAAGUCCAAGAUAAAAACAAAAGUGUUGUAAUCUGUGAACGUGAACGUGUGUGUGAACUAAAAGCCACAAACGAAAGCUCAAAUAAUAGGGGCAAGACUGAGCUGCGACUGCAACUGCAACGGCUACGGCAACGGCAUCAACUUGCAACAAUACAAACACGUCCAAACAAACUGCAAGCCCACAGCCAAGAAAAUUGUAACACAAGGCUCGCUCGAACCAAAAACAAAAAGAAAAAAUCUAAAUUGAAAGAUUGCGACACAGCCUUCUUAGUUAUUUAGCAAUUGUAUGCACCGCACCGGGCAACUGCGGAGCUUUUCUCAGCGGCAACUGUUGUUGCCACGGCGCUCUACUGGUGGCGGAUCUACUGGCACUGACGGAGGCAGUGCUGCCCCCGAUCCGGUGGUAUUUUAAAUUCUGUGAACCAACCUCAAAAAACGCAACUGCACCAACCACAUCAAGAAAAUUUACAGUUACAGUUACGACGACGCGCAAUACCUGCAACAUGGGGCACUCAACAGGUCGGCUAAGCAUUCUGUGGCUGCUGGGAUUAUGUCUGUUGCUAUUCAAAGCAGGAUACACAGAGGCCCAGGGAAAGCGAUCCUCCCGUGUCACCAGCUCCCGCGGCUUCGGCACCAACGUGAAAUCCUCCAGCUCCAAUGGCCUUAGCUUCGACUGCCCCGAGGAGUUCGGCUACUACCCCCAUCCCACGGACUGCACCCAGUACUACGUGUGCGUCUUCGGCGGAGCCCUGCUGGAGAGCUGCACCGGCGGACUGAUGUACUCGCACGAGCUGCAAACCUGCGACUGGCCCCGUAACGUGGGCUGCGAGCUGGUGGACACUUCCUCCUCUGCGGAGCGUGUUCCGUCCCGCAGCCAGGCCCAGACCCAGACGCAGCACGUCCCCAGUCGAGUCCGCUUCGGCUCAGCCUUCAGCAGCCCUGGCGCCGGUGCAUCGAAGGCGCCCACUGUGGCCCCGCAGUACCACAGAUCUCCGCCGCAGGUGAUCCAGGCCCAGGUUCAGCACAUCCCGCCGCCCCCGGAGCUGCGUGUGCCGCCGAAUCCGGUGGUCACGUCCCGCGGUCAGCCGAAGCCUCUGCUCGACUCCCAGGAGGACAUAGCGAAGCUGUACGCCGAAGCCCAAGAAACCUUGCCGCCCGUCGAAGAGGAGGAGUCUGAUCGACAGCAGCGCGUGUACCGCGGACAGCCCAGUACCGUCAGUCAGGUGCAGCGAGACCGCGAUGGAAUCAUUCACCAGGCAAGCAUCAAUGCCAUCCCCCAGGCCGGGAAAAUCGGAUCGUACGCCUUCGGAACGGCCUACAGCGAAAGCUUGGACGAAGACAGGACACUCGAAGACGAACUGGCACACAACCGACUCGAUGGUGCAGACCAGGGUCGCCUGCGCAAGCGCCGCGAUCUGGGCGACCAAGUCACCGAGAGUGUGACGCCCGAAACCAAAAAUCACAGCGACUCCAACACAUCCAGCGAAGUCGUAGAACCCGAAGACCCUACCACGCCACCGAUCAGUGGGGAAACCUCCAACAGCUCCAACAACUCUCAGGAACACUUUGACGAGGCGGCUCCAGCCGUGACGAAGCCCAUGAAGUAUUCCUCGAAGAUCAGCCAGCCCAAGAACCUGGCUUCUAUGGAGUUCGACUACCAGCAGGUCACCGAUGACGAGAUGGAGCUGGAGGAGGAGGACACAGAGACUGGGGAGGACGUGGCGACCGGCGAGUCCAAGCGACGACCCCGCCAGCUGCGACCCGUGGGGCAGCGCUCCUCCAAGUGGCCGGGGCAGAACUACCGUGCCAUUGACGCUCCCCCGCCAGCCCAGAACUUUCAGCAGCAACAGUCGGGAUUCGCGUUUGGAAACUACAACCCCUACCUGACGCCGCCGAAUCCCGCUAGCGCCCACACACACACCCAGGCACCCUUUGUGAACCACAACUACAACCAGCUCAGCCCAGGCUAUCAGGCGUAUCUCCACCAGGCACAGCAAGUAGCCCCCGCCGGACCGCUGCCCCAGCAGAAGGCAAAGGUCGUCUACACGGGCUACAACCUCUCACUUCCCCCGCCGCCGGUGGAGGAUGACUUCCGGCCCAUUGCCGGAAGCUACUAUGGAUCGGGCACCUCGUCAGGACCAGGGCCUGCUUCCAACACUCCCCGGCCGCAGCACUCGGGUCCAGGUGACCUGCUUCCCUACCUCAUCCAGCAGCUGAAGGAUUUGAAGGAGAGGCGCAAGCAGUUGCAAGCGGAGAACUUCUCCUACUUCCACCUGGAUAAUCAGCCGGUUACCCAGUCAUCCUCCACGGCUCUUCCGGCUGCUCCCUCCACGGCGCAAGCUCCGUUUUCGUACUACUCCCAGGUGGAUCCUUUGAAGCCGUCCCAGCAGCAGGUCACUCCCAACGGCCAGUACAGCACAAUGGGCGGGUUCUACAACAACCAACAGGUCUCGAGCUAUCCGGGAAAGCUGGUCUCUCAGUACAGCAUAGGAACAGACACCGAGGCGCAGAGGAGCACGACGGAGAGCAGCUACUUCCAGUACAACAUCGUGGCAAACCAGAAGAUGAAGGGCGUCUUUAGCUCGGAGCGUCCCAACCAAAUAGGGCAUUCGGCCGUCAAGCUGCGGCCGCCCGUGACCCCCGUGCACGUAGUCUCCGCCCCAAAUCUCGCCUUCAACAGGCACAACAGCCUGCAGCAGGUGCCCUUCCGGGACUUCUCGCACCUGCCGGUGGGUAUUAGCUACGCCAGCAACAGUACCAUGCCGGAAUCCUACCAGACAUUCACCAAGUCGAUCAGCACCACGGAGCCGCCCAGCACUACUGCCAAGUCUAAGCUCACCAACUUCCAGUUCAACGUGCACGAGUUCAUGGCCAAUCUCAAAAACAGCGACCUGGCCAGCGUCAAUCCGGCGCUGAAUCCCCUCAUUAAGUACUUCAAACAGGUCAGCAGUGAUGGCCCUGCAAGUGGAAACGGAAGUCUGCGCAACACCCUAGUCCAGGGCCCCAGCUCCACCAGUCAGGUUCCUCCGACGACGGCCAGUUCGCCGCCCACGCAAAAGCCUCGGAUAAGGACCAAACCGACCUCGCCCACUGCGACUCCUCCGACAACCACGACGAGGGCCCUCAAGGGCUACGAGAGCUUCAUCAAGGGCAUUCAAAAGCAGCUCAGCAAGCAGACCAGCUCCACCCAGACUUCUGCUCCGACCCCGCCGCCGACUACUCCGCGAGUGACGUCCACAACGACCCUCGAGAGCGUGGACUACUACGAUGAAGACUACGAGGAGGACGAGGAGGACAUUUUGCCGCCCUCGCAAAUGCCGCCAUACAUGCCCAUGUCGGAGACCAUGGCCCCGCCACGGCCUCAAAUGGUCACAGAGUCGCCGGGCAAGCUGCGCCCUCCCAACUUUCAAACAGGCUUCCUGGAAGCCACCACCACUCGUCGUCCAUUCCCAAACUUCUCGCAACUGAACCAGCCAAACGUGGAGACCGGAGUGCCCUCUUUCAUCAGCUUCCCCAGCGACAUAUUCCAGGAGCUGAAGCAGCGGCUACCCCAGCUCACAGAGACUAGUCCGCGGGUCACAACCACCGCUCCACGCAUCACGCGUCCCACGCCCACAACUCUCAUCUCAACCACUCCAAGCAGCACCACUCGAGGGCGGUUCACAACACGGCCCCGCUCCAGAGGGCAACAGAAGUGGAUGACGUCCGCGCCGGAGAUCCCCGGCAGGAACAAGACUGAAAUCGAAUCGAACAGCAAACACAGCAGCCUAGGCGGCCUGCAGCUGAACUCCAUCCACACCGCAGCCGGUGGGGAGCGACACAGAGUCGAGUCAUCCUCACCGUCAUCGCUGGGGGCGCCGCCACCACCCGCUAACAUCUUUGUACAGCCCACGCCUCAGGCACAGCCACAGCCACAAGAACUCAGUCGUAACUACUACAAUGCAUCCAUAUUUAACCAUGGGAGCGGGAGCGGGGGUGGCUACCAGCAGCAUCAGCAGCAGCAGGUUCCGCAGCAUCAACAACAGCUACAACCGACACCAUUCCAACAAGCUCAAGUGCAACAAGCGCCACAACAGCAGCCACCACAUCAGCAGCAGCAGGCGCAAGCCCCAUCACAUCCCUAUGACUCAUCCUAUUAUUCUAUUUACGACGACGAUAUCGAUUUAUACAGGGACAUAGAGUACCAGCAGCAGCAGCAGCAGGAUCAGCGGGAUCAGCAGCAACAGCAGCAGCCUCCGCCUGCCGCGCAGUACCAGCCGGUCGUGCGCCAGCAGCAGACUCAGUCCACCUACCGACCAAUCGAGCUGUCUGCCACGCCCACCCCACCCCAGAAGGCAUCUUACGGUAACCAGCCCACCCUGGUUUACAGCACGGACUACGAUGAGGACGUCAAUGCUCAGAUCGAGCAGGAUAACGUUUACGAUCAACCGACCCGAUCGCCUCCGAGGCCGGAGCAAGUGGCUAUCCAACGGCUUGCCACGCCCUCGAGCGCCCCCUCCUCGACCACUCCAGCUGCCCGCCCGGAUAUCCGGACCUACUAUGACACGCUGACCACCCCAGAUGGCUCUGGCUUGAGUCAGCCCGACUACAGCUACUCCAGUUCGGCGGAGUACGCCUACGGCUCGCCGGAGGACUAUGACCAGAGCGAGGCCACUCUGACGCGAACGAAGCCCCGCUCCGAGGCGGACGACUACGACCUCUCCGCCAAUGUGGUUGGCCCAACCGGAAAGAGUGCCACUGCCGCCCCGACUCGGGCCAAGAACUCGAAGUCCACUCCUGCCAUCGACAGGAGCCCCACGAAGAGUUCCUCCUUUCCCACGACACAAGCCGUAAAGGUUACAAAGCCCACAACCACCACCACCACCACAACAACUACAAGUACAACCACACCACCACCAUCAACGACAACUCCAAAAAGCUCGAAAGCGCAUGCAAAUAAACCCCACAAGCCACACGUUCCCCAAAAGUCAAAGACCAAGUCCACCACACCCACACCCGCCACCACCACAGCCCCACAGGCUCCCCGAAAGCCGUCCACCACGACAACACCCCCCAAACUCAAUCCCUCCACUUACAGCUCCAACCCCUUUCUCAAGUCAAAGCUUCAGAGCCUGGCCCAGUCGCUGGUCAGCCUAGUUUCCCCCAGUCAGUCGUCUCCACAAAAACCGACCCGAUCCCCUCUCCCAGCCACCCAUCCUUCACCUUCCUCGACCACCCAAUGGCCCCUAGGGACCGAUAGCGCGGGCAGCAGCCAAGUGGAGCAGGUCGAGACCGUCUUUGACGAGAGUCAGAACGUCCAGGUCCACACAGCCGAGGCGCCCAGCAGCCGCUCCUUCGAAACGAGCACUGCGCCGAGGUUCCUGGACUUUAUCAAUGCCGCCGCCUACGGCACCAGCCCGCGGGGCAAUCUGUUGCAUUCGGUGUCGGAGAAGCCCGUUAAGCCAGCCCCUAGGGAAGCUCUCUACCGGCCCCUCGAAGGACAUCCCUCUCCGACAACGGACCAGCCGCAACAGCGAAAGCGCAUUCAAACCUAUAUUUUGUCCGAUGUAGAGCCUCAGAGCUUCAGGAUUCCCGGAAACGAGAGAAAAGCGCCUUCUCAGGAGGAACUCAUGGAGAGCUCCAGUACGUCUCGACCUAAUAAGCAUCCCAUCCAGUACAGCCUGCAGAGUGGAUCGCACGGAUUCAGUUUGUUUGUGGAGCAGGCUGAGAAUAAAACCACAACCUCAACUACUACAACAACCACAACCACGACAACGACUACUACAACCACGCCCGCCACCACACCUCAAGCAGAUACCUCCGAUGAUUACGUGGAAAUAGUACCCACCACAUAUGCCCCUCCUCUCCGCAUUUGGCGCAACGGAAGACCCACUAUUCAACAGGGAUUCUACAGGCCGACCACUUCGAGUCCAAUAACCACGUCUGAUGCAAGGACGCCACCUCCAGCACCAUUCGUCUCGAACACCCCGGACAGCGUGGAGUCCAGCAGCACCCUGAGGUCAACAACAGUGCCCAGGGCUCAGAUUACCCCCAGCACCGAGAAGAUCGUUGGCAUGAUUCCCAGCUUCACAGCCCGCGCCAACUUCCUGAAGGACAGUCUCAACAAAGUGACUCCCAACCCGGCAACGCGUUUCGUUUCGCCGUACAAGAGCCUGGAGAACCUGCUCCAGGAGGAGCGCCAGCACCAGCACAACCUGCGAACAACCUCGAGGCCCAGAUACACGAACGCCCCCGCCUCGCCACCCUUCCUGCAGACGACGCCGAAGCCACCGAAGAGUCUGUUCCUCACCCCGACGUCGAGAAACACCAGCCAGGAUGUCCUGGCCACCAUGGCUUCUGGCAAUGCCCGAAACUUCAGUGUCAGCGACGCCAUACUUAGCACGUUCAGCCCGCAAAGACCGGCACCCACCAUGCUCCGGACAACGAGUACCACCACCACGAGCACUACCACCACGGAGCCUCCUCCGCCAACGGUGCCAACAACCACGACCCCAACCACCGUUUCCUCUGUUGUUGCUUCGUCGCCCCUUCGCGUCUCUCAGUUGCCAGGACGUCCUCGCGGCCGCUCCCGAUACACGGUGCCCACUUCGAACAGCCUCGGCGAUGUGGCGGACGAACCCACGACCUACGCCCCCAAGCUGAGGCUGCCCAACGGGUAUGAGCCGAGCCCUUACGUAAAACGGAAGCCACAACGCAUCCGCGUGUUCCGAGAGCCCACAGCUAAGCCGCAGGAGAAGUACGAGGUCUACAAAGCCGCCCUCCAGGCCACGGACUCCGGCUACGACCAACUUCCGUCAAAGUCGCUGAAGCGUAAACCCAUCGAGAACGAGGCCAGCCUGCCGGACGAGCCACGGGCCGAGGCCCUGAUCAGCCACCCGCUGGAAGCCAGGCAGCAGAACAGCCUUGAAGAAACGGUCAGCUCCACGGAGCACGUGGUGGCCAUAACGGAGCGGCCGACGGUAAAGUUUCUCUACUCGAACAAGUACCGCCAGCAGACCGCGGAGCGCACGCUGGCGGAGAGUCUGCAAAAUGCAGGAUACAUUUCCAGGGCACAGAAGUUCCGAUCGGCCAAUGUGCUGGAGCAACUGAAGCAGUUCCUGGCCGGCAGCGACAGCUCCAGCACCAGCGACGAGAGCGGCACGUCCCACUUCGUGGACGAGUACGCGGUGCCGGAAACAAACGCUGCCGUGGAUGAGAUCAAGAACCUGUAUCUGACCACGGAGCAGUCGCUGCGCUCCACCACCCUGCCCGUCGCGCCCCCUCGAUCCACCGCCGUCACAAGCUCGCCAAAAAGCUACUCCUUCCAGUCCUCCACCGCUCCCACCUCCACCAGCACUGUACGAACCACGACAGCCAUCCCUGAACUUAGUACGCCCAGAACACCUCCGAUAGCCCCUCCAGCUCAGCCAGCUCCCCCGAAUCCGCCCACCCCCGCCUCAGCCACCACCACCGUCACUGCCACACCCCCCGCCACGUUUGCACUGCCCACUGCCCGCGCUUCGAGGGUGAACAAUGUCAUUAAGUCGUCGAUCGCCGCGGUCCAAUCCGGCGCGAGCGCUAGCCCCCCCUCCCCGGCGGGCUUCCAGCCGCAGCAGGGGCUGGCGGCGGGUAAAGGGAAGGUGCCCAAGUUCCAAUUUGGCUUCGACCCCAGCAUUGGCAAGCACUCGUCGAGCAGCAUCAGCAAUCCUGCCGCAGCCGCAGCCGCAACCUCCGCCUCAGUGAAGUGCUCAGAUAGCACACUGAACGCCAAGUGCAACGAGAUCCCGUCAAGAAACAACAAUAGAAACCGGGGCAGUGCCAUUUACACCAACCAGGACCGGGAUGUCGUCUCGACCCCGAACCGUGGCACUCAUCCGCCACGCACCCGGCCCACGUUGAAGCCCUCUGGAACCAUCGUCUCAAAGGCCCAGGAGUUCGUGGACAUCUACCGCAACCCGCCCUCCCGACCGGACCCCAUCUACCCGCAGCCCACACCCGACAAGACGGCGGCCAAGUGCCGCAAGGAUGUGUGCCUGCUGCCCGACUGCUACUGCGGUGGCAAGGACAUUCCAGGCGAACUGCCCGUUGAAAGCAUCCCCCAAAUCGUCCUCCUGACCUUCGACGACUCCGUGAACGAUCUGAACAAGCAGUUGUACACGGAUCUGUUCGAGAAGGGCCGCGUCAACCCCAACGGCUGUCCGAUCACGGCCACCUUCUACGUGUCCCACGAGUGGACCGACUACAGCCAGGUGCAGAACCUCUACGCCGAUGGACACGAGAUGGCCUCCCACACAGUUUCUCACAGCUUCGGAGAGCAGUUCUCCCAGAAGAAAUGGACUCGGGAAAUCGCCGGACAGCGGGAGAUCCUGGCUGCCUACGGCGGGGUGAAGCUGUCGGAUGUGCGCGGUAUGCGAGCGCCCUUCCUCUCGGUGGGCGGUAACAAGAUGUACAAGAUGCUGUACGACUCCAACUUCACCUACGACUCCUCCAUGCCGGUCUACGAGAAUCGGCCGCCCUCUUGGCCCUACACCCUGGACUAUAAGAUCUUCCACGACUGCAUGAUUCCGCCCUGCCCAACCCGAUCAUACCCAGGGGUCUGGCAGGUUCCAAUGGUCAUGUGGCAGGACCUCAACGGAGGCCGCUGUUCUAUGGGCGACGCCUGCUCGAACCCCAGCGAUGCGGAGGGCGUGACCAAAAUGAUCAUGAAGAACUUUGAACGGCACUACACCACCAACAGGGCACCCUUCGGGCUUUUCUACCACGCUGCCUGGUUCACGCAGCCGCACCACAAGGAGGGCUUCAUCAAGUUCCUCGACGCCAUCAACGCCAUGCCAGACGUGUGGAUCGUGACCAACUGGCAGGCCUUGCAGUGGGUGCGCGAUCCCACGCCCAUCUCGCGCAUCAACUCCUUCCAGCCCUUCCAAUGCGACUACUCGGACCGGCCCAAGCGCUGCAACAACCCGAAGGUGUGCAACCUGUGGCACAAGUCCGGCGUCCGCUACAUGAAGACGUGUCAGCCCUGCCCCGACAUCUACCCCUGGACCGGCAAAUCAGGCAUCCGGUCGUCGCGCAUCGACAACGAGGUGGAGGAGCCCGCUCCGUAGACUGCAAGGCGUCAGUUCCCACCAGUCUCGCAUUGACCGUGGAUCUGGAGCUCGGGCAGUCGGGAACACGCUGCCAUCUCUGAGAUGCCGAAGGAUAGGGCCCUUUUCAUCUGAGCUCAAAAUACGGAAUUCACUCGAUAAACGUUUUCAUCUACUCUUAGUACUCUAAUUUAGUAGCUAAUUUCUCGAAAAGGACAUCGACAACAACGAUCAUAGUUAAUUUUUUUUGGAGCAUGAUACUAAAAAUUAUUUAUUCCUUCGUACACAUCAUACUCGAUACCUAUGUACCUAUAUAUCUAUAUGCCUAUAUAUCUGUAUAUUCCUAUAGAUUGCCACUUGUACGGAUUUCCUGUAGUUGUUGCGCACGCAAUCCCCACAGAGUCCUUGUACACGUAGAGCAAUUAGGCGUAAGGCACUAGACUAAUAAGCACUAAGAAUAAUAAAUGCAGUCCUUCGAUAUCGUAGUAGAAUGCUCGACAGGAUUGGAGGCGACGGGCGCAUUAGAGAUAGGCUAACAUAUAUAUUUUCGAUUAAUUUGUGAUAAAGAGUUGCAGCAGAAUUUACGUACUAUUAGACGUGCACAGGUCAUUCAAAAAAUCCAACUAACCCGUUUCCACAUGUAUAGUUCUUUCACAACAGCCGUCCCAAGAGUUUCCCUGAUUCCCCACUGGGUGCAUGGAAUAGUUUAGUUUCUGGGCUCGUCCCCAAACUCCCGAUACAACCUUUAUUAAACGACUUAAAGCUACCCUUUGCCCAGUUCUUAGUCCCUACCGAUGGACAUCCGAAAAAAGUCAAUGAGCGCGGAUCAGAAGCGACAUAAUUAGAGGAAUCGAUUGCCAAUACUUAGCCGUUCUUCAGAAACAAGAGCCGAUAGUUCAGUUCAUUGAGACAAAUGUAGGUUAGCACUUAAGGUAUCAGUAGGCGAAAGUAUUAAGGGGAUCCACAUGCAAUAUAAUUAGACAUAUCUGCAUCUACUAUAAGGACAUACGAAGUAGGAGCUUUGCUUUCAACAGCUGGGCGCACUGUAAGGACCUUCUGACAAAACGAGUGAAUUAAGUAUUUUGUGCUAACGAUUGUAAAAAGCAACACCUAUGUGUAUGAAUGUACGUAUGUUUGUAAUAAAAUUUGACUAUUUAAGCGUU